AUGGAUAAAAGCAUGCCUACUCCUCCAAUGGAGGACAACAUCAAACUGUCUACUGGUGUAAGGAGGAAUACGACAUCGAGUACAAAGUCUGUAAAACCAGUGCAUCGAAACUCGAAACGAGCGAGUCAGACGUCGCAUUCCCCGAUCCAUGAUCAUGCUCCAUUAUCACCGCAUGGCAACGGGAUGGACAGACACAAAAGAGUUUGGAAAGCAUGUGAGAGGUGCAGGCAAAAGAAGACAAAAUGCGAUGGAGAGUUUCCUUGUAAGAGGUGUAAGGAUGAUGGUCUCGUAUGUACGGCAGGUACAAGAAAGAAGACCGAGUAUAAACAACUACCUAGGGGUUACGCCGAAGUAUUAGAAAACACCCAGCUUGCGCUUAUUGCUACUGUUCAUAAGCUUUAUGCCAUGAUGCGGAAUGGGCAACAAUGGGAUCUCGCCGAACCUGAGCUCAAUGACCGAGGUCAACCCAUUAUUCAUAACAUCGCGACCUUGCUCGGAUGUAUUCGACCCAACGCAGACGCAGAUUUGCCUCCGCACACAGUGUUUCCUGAAGAUGAGGGCGGCCUAGCCAAGUUGGCCGCAGAGCUGGAAGUCCAUCAACAGGACUCGAAUAUGGUGCCGAUCAAGUCGGAAACGGACUCUACAUAUAAUCGCACAGAAAGAGCAAGCUCAUCUGAACUCGAUCAUUCGGAUUUUGAGCAAGACUACCGGAAAACAAUGAUGAGCAGUCAGAACUUGCAAACACUCUCUCCCCAGAGCUUCACAUCGUAUAACGAUUUCGAUACGAACACGGUUCCCACCGAAAUGGAUCCAUCAGCCAUGUUUCCUGUACAAACCACAACCAACCCGGCGGCAUUUCCAUCUUGGAACAUAGCGCGGCCUACCUCAAUGGGCGGCAUUCCACCACAAUUUAUGCAGCAAAUGGAUUUAAAUAUGGCAGAUAUCAUGCUCAGUCAAGGUCUGGUCGAGUCCGAGUUUGGUACCCUGAAGCCGCAUAUCCUCAAUUGUCCCAACCCAGAAGUCAUGCUUGGAGUGGGUGAUCCAAUGAUCUACUCCGGGUACAGCAUCGAUCCAUUACGCACAUGA